UAUAAAUACUUAUUUUAUAAUUUUAAUAUAAUUUUUUGCUGUUGACAAUGUUGGCUGUUGACUCAUGAAUUAAGCGAUCGACCAAUUCAAAAACAGCCUCGCUCCCCGGGAAAUAGACGUCAGUUCCACCACUUUUGGAUUCGUACUUGUUUACAACGACGGAUCAGUCCAGGAUUUCACUCCUUCGAAAAGCAUGGAGCUCUUGUUGCUAAUAUGUCAACUGACAGUGUCAGCAGCGAUGUCAACGCUGCGUCCUCUAGAAACCGCCCAAAUUUCGAGGCUGAUGAACGCGAUGGACGACACCGGAGCACAUUUGUACCACGACUACUCCAGAUAUCGGGAGCACAGAAUUUGCGAGACCACGUAUUGCAACGAGAUCGCAAGGAAGAUAUUACGAAACAGAAAUGUAGAAGUGGAUCCUUGCGAAGAUUUCUACGAACACGCCUGUGGAUUAUGGAAAGAGCACAACCCCAUACCGGACAACGAAGUAGAAUGGUCAGAAGAUCAAAUUGUCAUGGAAAAGACUCACAAACGUAUAAGAGAUGCCCUUGAGGAACGAGAUGAUCCUAUGGAUAUUUCUCCGGUCAAGAUGGCGAGGAAGCUUUAUCGCUCCUGCAUGGAUGAAGACGCUAUUGAGAAGAGAGGUAUCACACCAAUUCAGGAGAUCUUGGACCAAACCGGUGGAUGGCCUAUGGCGAUGCCAUUAAGCGAAUGGAAUUCGAAUAAAUUCCCCUGGCAAAAGAUCGAUAAGCAUUAUGUGAGACUGAUCGGUAAUAGUGCUUUCUAUAACAUUGAAUACGAAGUUGAUCAGAACAACACGAAGAGAUAUGUGUUAACAUUAGACCAAGACACCGAAUACCCCUUGUCAACAAAAAGAGACAUAAACAAAGUAUUUUACGACGAUGAUAUAUACGCCCUCAGUAUUUAUCACAUAAUUCAAGCAUUCGCGCAGGAUAAAGGGUAUAGGCUGGACCGACGUCAGCUGGCGAUCGACAUCGCAAAAAUGAUGUACUUCGAAAUCGACUUGCUACAAAUUAUUGAAAUUGGCAAAGAAGUACAUACUGCUAGUGACAAUUUCGAAAGAAUGACAAUUAAAGAACUGCAGGAAUUUUAUAAUAAAACUGGUAUUACUGCCUCUACAGCAAAGAUCGACUUCCUGGAUCUGAUACGCCACGCGUUCAGUCUGGCUAACAUAAGCAUAAACGCCUCGGAACCAAUAAUAGUGUACAAUCCGGAAUUCCUUCAGAAGCUCGCGAGGUUGCUGGCGAACACUCCUGAACGUGUUCUAGUGAAUUAUAUACAAUGGAACAUGGUGGACAAGUUUCUGCUUUAUACCACGAGGGAGAUGAGGGACCUCAAGUUUAAUAUGUCUUUUUCGUCGUAUAAUAUUUCCAACUAUAUGCCACGAUGGCAAAUUUGUGUAUUCAACAUGAGAAUGAAGAAUGCGAUUUCUUACAUGUUCGUGAAACAACACAUCUCAGACAACAUCGUUCACGAGGCGACGAAAAUGGUUCGCAAGAUCAAAGAAGAGUUAAUGCACCACAUAAUGCAAGCUCGUUGGUUACCGACCAGCAUGAAAUUAAUAUUAGUGGAAAAAAUGGAAAAUUUGGAAACGCAAAUUGGAUAUCCAGAUUGGUACAAGAACGAUACUGCUGUUACUGCAUAUUAUGAAAACCUGACGAUAGGAUCGGAUUAUUUUGAAAACAUGUUAAAAUGCGCGGAAGAUGAAUUAAUUAAAAGUCUGAAAGAGUUCAGAGGCACGGUUGCGAAGGAACAGUGGUUAGAUUAUCCUGUCACGGUUAAUGCGUUUUAUACUCAAACAGUUAAUGCUAUACUUAUACCAGCAGCGGAGUUGCAAGAGCCUUUUUUCACUCCAUUGUUACCAGAUGCCAUUAAUUAUGGAACCACAGGAUUUGUAAUAGGACACGAGUUAUCUCACAGCUUAGACAACGAAGGUAUAAAGUUCGAUAAAGACGGAUACAAAGUUUCGUGGAGCUCUCACAACGCCGCAGAGGAAUACGAAAAGAAAGCAGCGUGUUUCGUAGACCAAUAUGAUAAUUACACUCUCGAUAUUAAAGACAAAAGUGGCCAUCAAAUCAAGGUUGAUGGACAGUUAACAGAGGACGAGAACAUGGCAGAUUCAAUCGGGAUACAAAUAGCGUACUCAGCGUUUAAAACAGCGACGAAACACAAAAUCCAAACAAGACUACCUGGUUUGGAACACGUUUCUAGCGAUGAAUUAUUCUUCUUAGCGUUUGCAAAUUCCUGGUGUUCAUCGGCGAGGCCAGAAUACGAAGCAGACGUGGUGAACAGCGAUGAACAUAGUCCUCCAAAGUUCCGCAUUAUAGGAUCUCUGUCGAACAUGGCCGCCUUCGCGAAGACGUUCAGAUGCCCGAGAAAUAGUUCCAUGAAUCCGCGACACAAGUGCACUUUAUGGAGCUUAAGUGUGUAAAAUAAAUUUUGUACAAAGAGUUAAGACAAUAUUUUGCAAAAUGUAGGAAUAUUUUGUACAAUUUGUAAAAGACAGAUGAUGUAUUUGUGAUGAUGUAUUUUUAAUGACUGAAAGUUAAUUGUGGUUGUUGUUAAUAAAGUUGAUAGUAUGUUUUUUGUAAUUGAAUUUGUAUGUGGGUGCUUUUGGGGGAAGUACGUUUUGGGAAUUGGG